UGGUGACAUCACCUCCUAAAUUCCUUACACCUUGCAUUCUCACCUGAAUCUGAGCUCUACCUCUUCCCCACUACAUCUGCAGAAUGGAUUAGAGAAAUUAAGUGAUAUGACUCUGGCCUUGCUGCUGCAAGCCCAGCUCGGUUCAUCCUUCAUACUGUCAUGCUACUUCACAAACUGGGCACAGUACAGACCACCUCCGACCAUAUUUAUGCCCAAUGACAUCGACCCAUGUCUGUGCACCCAUCUCCUGUAUGCCUUUGCCACCAUCAAGAACAACGAACUGGCCACCUAUGAGUGGAACGAUGCGGAGCUUUAUGGCCAGUUUAACGCCCUGAAGAACCAGAACGGCAACUUGAAGACUCUCCUGUCUGUUGGAGGAUGGAACUUCGGCUCUACAGGGUUUUCCCAAAUGGUGUUGAGCCCUACAAACCGCAAGACCUUCAUCAACUCAGUCAUUUCAUUCCUGAGAAAGUAUGAGUUUGAUGGGCUUGACAUUGACUGGGAGUAUCCAGCCAACAGAGGAGGGCCUCCUUCAGACAAGCAGUACUACUCCGUUUUCCUGCAGGAGCUGAGAGCCGCCUUUGAGACCGAGGCCAAGCAGAGCAACAGGGCUCGUCUUCUGAUGUCUGCUGCUGUGGCGGCUGGAAAGUCCAACAUUGAUUCUGCCUAUCAGAUUCCCCAGCUUGGCCAGUCCCUGGAUAUGAUCAACGUCAUGACAUAUGACUUCCAUGGCUCUUGGGACACCAUGACUGGUGAGUGCAGUCCUCUCUUCAAAGGCCCAGAGGAUCAUGGUGGCUUAAUCUAUUUCAACGUGGAUUAUGCCAUGAACUACUGGAAGAGCCAAGGAGCCCCAGCUGAGAAGCUCAUUGUUGGUUUCCCCACAUAUGGCAACACAUUCACUCUUAGGAGCCCAUCUAACCAUGGUGUUGGAGCAGCUAUUGCUGGUGCUGGAACUCCAGGAAAGUACACACAGGAGGCUGGAGAGCUCGCUUACUUUGAGAUCUGUGACUUUUUGAAAACUGGAGCAACUGAGGUUUGGAACCAGGCCCAGGAUGUGCCAUAUGCCUACAAGGGAAACCAGUGGGUGGGCUAUGACAACAUGAAGAGCUUCAAGAUCAAGGUUGACUGGGUGAAGAAGAACAACUUUGGAGGCGCCAUGGUGUGGACUCUUGACAUGGAUGACUACAUGGGCACUUUCUGUAACCAGGGAAAAUAUCCACUGAUUAAUGUUCUCAAACAGGGCCUUAAUCUGGAACAAGCUUCCUGCGCCCCUCCUACCACUCCCCUUCCUCCUAUCGCAGGAAUGAGCACAACUAGCGGAGGCAGCUCCAGUGGAGGCAGCUCCAGUGGAGGCAGCUCCAGUGGAGGCAGCUCCAGUGGAGGCAGCUCCAGUGGAGGCAGCUCCAGUGGAGGCAGCUCCUCUGGUGGGGCCUCGGGCACCAAGGGCAUGGACAGCCAGUUCUGCGCUACAAAAGCCAGUGGCAUGUACCCCGACCCAACAAACAAGAACCAAUUCUACAACUGCAGUAUGGGAAAGACCUACUUUCAGAACUGCGCUGCCGGUCUGGUCUUCGACACCUCCUGUUCUUGUUGCAACUGGUCCUAAAUCUGAAGUUAUAGAUUGACUGGUUAACUGUUCAAAUGCUGGAGGAUUCUGUUUUACAUUUGUUCUUAGUAUUCACGGGGAAACUUCUCUGAGUGCAAGGUGCGCAUUGCACAUUGUAACCUUGACAAGUCCAUUUUGAAAGCAAAGAAAAUAAACAUUUGAUUUGUUGCAUG